UGCUGGCGCCGGCCGCCAGUUCCGGCCCGAUGGAGGUUGGCAGCUGCUGGGCCCACGCGCCGGUGGCGGUUUCUUUUUGAAACAAAAAGCGGUAAACGGCCGUGAGCGAGACGGCGGGAAACAGCGGGAAGCGCGUGUCUGAGAAAAGGAGGAGGUGGAAGAGGACGAGGAAAGGGAGUCCAGUCCCAAUAGAACUAGAUGCUCAUGCAGCACUGAGAACAAAAGAUGAACUUAAACGUUGUAGUGGUGUUGGUCUUCAUCUUAACAAUAAUCCAUUUACAGUUGGUGGGCAGUAUGAAUUCAACCAAUCAAGGUGUCUUGAAAAGGAAACAAAGGGACACAAAUGAAACAGAUGUGUUCAGUAUAAUUUUGAAAGCCAAUGAAGAGCUGCUAAAAAGUACAGGAAGUAAAAUAAUUGAACAUGGCGACAUUCUCGUUGACAAUUCCAGAAAUGCUAUGAUAUGUAACAAUUCACCAAGAAGCUGUUUAUGGCCACGUGCAAAAGACGGAAAUAUUUACGUCCCAUAUAAGCUCGGUCGUGAAUACAAUGUAUUUAGCAGACGGCUAAUCAAAAGAUCUCUUGAUGAGAUUGCUAUUUUAACGUGCAUAAAGUUUUACCAUAGUCACAAACACGAACCAGCCUUUAUUGAUGUUAAUUCAGAGAAAGGGUGUUUUGCAGUGAUAGGAUACAAAGGACGUCGACAGAAAAUAUCUUUGCAAAUACCAGAUUGUUUGCAUUUUGGUGUGAUAGCACAUGAAUUCCUACAUGCAAUUGGCUUCCACCAUGAGCACUGUAGGAGUGAUCGGAACAAAUAUGUCAAGAUCUUUAUGCGUAACGUUGUACGUGAACUCCAAUAUAAUUUUAAUAUUUUGCACACAAAUAAUCUGGGCACAGAGUAUGAUUAUAGCUCAAUUAUGCACUACGGCAGAACUGUUUUUUCCAGAAAUGGGCUUCCUACUAUCCUACCAAUACCUGAUCCCAAUGUUGAAAUUGGUCAAAUUCGAGGCCUUUCCACCAAAGAUGUUGCCAAGAUUAACAAACUAUAUAAUUGUGAAGUUCCCCCACUCCGGGUCUACCACGAUGACAACCAGAAGUCCCUGGUUCUGCUACUGCCUCGAUGA